AGCUCCAUGGGUAGCUCAGCUGACGCUUCAAUCGAUGCAGCUAGCUAGCGUAGCGGGUAACAAGCUAGCCAAUAGGGAGCUAGCUAGCGGUUAGCUGUAGCAGUACCGCUGGGCUCGUUAAUUCAAUUUACAGCAGACAGCUAACCUAACAAUGAAAACCAGCUCUGAUGGAUAUUAAUGUUAUAUAGGUGGCAGUACAGUUGCUAUCUAAAUAUUAUCAACAAUAUACACUCGUGCUGUCAUUGUACCACAAUCACACCCAUUUCGCUGGAAUCUGUCCAAGCUCUGCAGAGUACCUGCGCCACGCAGGUUGGGCUGACUCUGUGGGGGAAGAUGCGUGAUGGAAUGAUACAGUCAAUAUCAAAUACCUUUUGGGCCCACACCUCAGCCACUAAACGGUCCUUCUUGUUGCUGCUGGUACUGACUGCAGUGUCUACUGGGCAAGGGUCAGGAUGUGUGAGGCCGUAUAUGGUCCAGAACAGCUGGGUAAACCUCACAGAAACCAACAGGGGCUCGUUCCCUGUGGGAACAGUACUGCAGUACAGCUGUGACCCUGGUUAUCUGCCAGACGGACCCAGCAUCCUCACCUGCACCACACUGGGACGCUGGACCUCUGACCCGCCUCACUGUAUACGCAGUGGUGCAUGUCUUCCCCUCUCCAAACCCGAAAAUGGGGGCUACACCUGCCACCCAUCAUCCUGCCGGAUGUUUUCCCAUGGCACUGUGAUUGAGUUCUUCUGUGAUGAUGGCUUCUUUCUCAAUGGAGACUAUAACUACCUGACCUGUGAGGAUGGACAGUGGGACGGCCCGAUGCAGAUCAGCUGUGUGAGCCAAGGUUGUAUAAGACCCUCUACAGUGCAGCAUGGCUCAACUAAUCUGACGGACACCAAUAGGAGCUUGUUCCCUGUGGGCACAGUACUGCAGUACAGCUGUGACCCUGGUUACCUGCCGGCCGGACCCAGCAUCCUCACCUGUUCCACACUGGGACACUGGACCUCUGAACCCCCUCGCUGUAUACGAAGUGAUGGUUGUAUAAGACCCUCUACAGUGCAGCAUGGCUCAACUAAUCUGACGGACACCAACAGGAGCUCGUUCUCUGUGGGCACAGUACUGGAGUACAGCUGUGACCCUGGUUACCUGCCAGACGGACCCAGAAUCCUCACCUGCUCUGCACUGGGACACUGGUCCUCUGAACCUCCUCGCUGUAUACGCAGUGACGUGUGCCAGCCUCCAUUUCAGCCAGAGAACGGGGGCUUCACCUGCCAUCCCGCCCCAUGCCAAAGACUUUCUCAUGGCACUGUGAUUGAAUAUUUCUGUGACGAAGGCUAUGUUCUGAAGGGAGACUAUAAAUACCUUACCUGUCAGUAUGGAGAGUGGGACAGCCAAAUGAAGCUCAGCUGCCUCAUGGAGCAAGACCACGACCCAACCUUACCAUUAGGGAUGCCCACCUUGUCCAUAGUGGCAUCCACAGCCAGCUCAGUGGCCCUAAUCCUGCUCCUGGUGGUGCUGUUUGUACUUCUGCAGCCAAGACUCAAGUCCCUCCAUCGACGUGAUCAGGGUGUGUCCGGCCAGCCCGUGUCAAUCAUGGUGGAAGGAGUCCAGGUGACUCUGCCCUCGUACGAUGAGGCUGUGAAUGCUCACGGAGCCUCAGCCCUAAGCUCAGAGUCUCGAGUCCAGAUAGUGCUGUCUGAGGGUCAGCAUGCGACAGUGCCAGAUGCUGGCCCCUCUCGGCCUUCUUCUCUGAAACAGCAGCAGUCAGAGAUGGCUGUGGUCCAUCCUGUGCCGCCGUCCUCGUCCUCCUCGUCCCCCUCACCCUCAUCCUCGACCUGGGUUCUGGAGCAUGCAGGUGCUGCAGCUCCUUCAUCCUCGCAAAGAAGGCCGUCUGCAGGCAGCGACCAACACAGCCUCUCUCUGGACUCUGAGAUGGACUACUCUGAUGAUAUGCCAUUGCUGAAGGAAGCCUGAAGAAUGCACCAGCCUUUGUACUUACUCGAGACAACCAGCGUUGCUACUGAUCUGUACUGGUGAGCGGGAUACCUCUUGAGAGUUUGUCAACACAGCUGUCAACACAGACGAGACUCUGAGUGAAGCUGUGGGUCACUCAGAAUAGUUCCUCGGUCCAUCCCAAAGAAGAACAGAGAAGGGAUUCACAUGUACAUACAUGCUUACAUUUUUGAUAAGAAUUCCUACACUAUGUAUGUACGUCUAAUGUCUGAAGCUCAGUUUUGAAACAUGUUGAACAGAAACGGAAAGGAACAGGCACCUCCUGAAGGAGUGUGUCUUAAAGCUGUGUUUCAGUUAAAUGGGUGAAGCUGCAAACUGAUUUUGGGAGCUACUAAUCUCUUCAGUGUCUUGUUUAUUGUUACUUUUCUUUAACCACAUAUCACAUCAUUUCAGACGCACAUUGGCAAAGAUGCAUGAAAGCCCGGUAAUCUAGAGUGUUGUCCAAGUCAUGCACACUUACAGCAUUGUCUUCACAAGAUUUCUGUGAUUAUAAGUCCUUGUUUAAGGUGUAAUUAAUUAUGACUCAUGUCAUUCUACAUGUCGCUGUACAGUUUAAGGCUGCUUGUUCACCCAAGAGUUCACUCUGCUGCGUUUUCUUCAUGGGAUUGAGGGCAAACAUUUUAAGAGACUUGUUUCAGACCUGCAUUUAAUACAUUUCACACUUGCAAAGCGUUUCAGAUGUAUUCUCUUCAUACUCAUCCUCUUGCCCCCAAUGGCCUUAGCUUUCCACUUCUAUGCACAGGUAUCUAUAAUAUGUAAAAUAAGGAAUUUUAAAAAUGAAUGUCAGUUAAAUGCAGCCACUGCUUAGUAAUAUUAUGAGUGGCUUUGUCAGACAUCACUUGUACACCAGAAAAUAUUAUUCUCUUAAUUUAUUCAGGCUGCUUGGAAAUUCCUGUUUUAAACGGGAACCCUAAGAUGUGUGUUUAAUUUAUUUGUGUCCAGAACGCUGUUGAUCAGCCAUGGCUUCUCUUGAUGCUUCCACAACUCUUGGAAGCUUAAAAAAAAAAGGUCUCUUUGCCGCUUCAGUUUUGAUUCUACUGCAGGCGCGUCAUAUGUGACACUGUAAAUGUGGUUGGGAAGCUCCAACACUAAAAUGUGUACAGAUUAGUGUAAUGUCAGUGUUCACUUUGUUUGACUGUCCAUUCAAUUUACUUUUGGACUGAGGAAUUCAUUUUUUUCUCUCUUUUUUUUGUGAACAUGGUAUUUUAAUAUAUGUAAAAAGUUUUAAAUUAAGUUUACUCUGUAUAUACCAUACGCGCAUUUUGAUUAAAUAUUAUUUGAGGUGUUCAAA